CCUCCCCUCAUGUGGUGAAGAAGAACAGAAUCAUUUCUCGUAAGAAAAGAGUAGUGAAGCUGAGACAGAGAGAAAGGCCUUUAAUCAAUCUAAAAAGUCGUACCUAAACGAACAAAAAGAAGGAUUGAGAGAGGAGCCCGUUGACCGUCUCCAGGGGAAAAGUUUGAACUCCGUCUGUUGAUAAAGAAAAAGGCAACUCUAGACUGGCUGGUAAAAGGUUGUGUAACGAUUGUGCAAAAGAGGGAACCGAUAACUGAGAGAUUGAAGGAAAAACAUCGGAAAUCGGCGCGGACAUGAUUUUGUUUCCCGUAGGCGUUUACCUAUUACACGUGUGCAUAUAAAACAGUGAAACUGAUUGCGUCUCGAACACAAUAGAGUCACAUGUUGCAUAAUCGUGAUUGAUUUUCAUAUUAAACUAUGCGGUAGUGGCGAACAGGAGGCAAAUAACGCACGGAUAGCGAUCCCAGACAGCGAUAGCAGCAGGAAACGGGAACGAUAGUACAGAGAGGGACUAUACUUGCAACGUAAGGUUUAAAGUGCAGACACAGAAGAAACCAGGCGAAAGCACAACGAUCGACGACCGCAACUGGAUCUGUUCGCAGAGGACAUCUGUCGAUACAUUAAAGCGAGAAAUGGCGUUGAAUCUAACAGGUUUCUACCAGAUGGUUUCUCAGGAGAAUAUGGACGCCUACCUCCAUGCAUUGGAUAUUAAUUUUGCUCUGAGAAAGAUUGUUUGCCUCCUCCGGCCCAACAAAGACAUCAUCCACGACCCCGCCACGGGUCACAUGAGGAUCCGCACGCUCACCACCUUCAAAAACUUUGAUAUGGAUUUCACCCUGGGACAAGCCUUCACUGAGGACCUGGGCCCUGUGGAUGGACGAGUGUGUCAGACCACGGUGGACUGGCAGGGGGAGAAGCUGGUGUGCGUGCAGAAGGGGGAGAAAGAGAAUAGAGGAUGGACUCAUUGGGUGGAGGGAGACCUGCUGCACCUGGAGAUGAGAGUGCAGGACGUGGUCGCCAAGCAAGUCUUCAAGAAGGUCCGAUAAUGGACUGAAAGAGAUGGCAAGAAAGUGAAGCGGUGCUAUUGAAUGUUACUAUAAUUUUAGUUCACAUUUUUUGCGAUAUUAAUGGAAGAAUAUUUUCUUUAUGGUACAUAAAUAGUGUAGCACAGAGUACAGAAGAUGAUUGCUCAUGAUCACAACAUUGGGUUUUCCCAAGGCUGAGUCAUGUUCCCGUAUCUUGGUGGCAAGAUUAAUACAUUAUAUGAAAUCUGAAUACUGUUACCAAAAGAUAAAACCAGUGCUACAUUACACCCUUUAUACUGGUACAUGCCCAAUCUCAACUAUGCAUCAGCACUGUGAUACCUAACAGUAUCCAACACUGUGUAUAACUGGUCCAUACUGAAAUAUACAAAGAACUGUACAUUGUCAUGGUCAAAAUUACAGCUGUUUUCCACUGUAUUCUAUAAUAGACUGCACUUCAAAUUUUGUACUUCACUUGACAAAACUGUGUUCCUCCCCUUGAGUUUCACAGAGGUAAUGUCUAUCUUGCUAGAAUGCACUCUGCAGUUGUUACAUGCACCUGCUGUGUUCAUUUACGUGUCAGCUAUAUUGUGAUUGCUGUAUAGUAGUUCAGCAUGCAAUUCUGUCUGGCUGUACUGUGCUAACACUGUAGUGUAGUGUCCUCCGAGUUAAUGGAUUAAUAUUCAGAACCAAUAUUGUAAUUAAAAGAGACUUAUGUCUAAACAAUUAACAUAUGGACGAUUAUGAUUACAAGUGGCGUGGUUUUUUAAUAACGCUUUAAAAAACAGCUUGACUGGCAUUUAUUGUAUUAUGGGUAUACAGCUCAAACAGACAGGGGUGCAUUUGCAAAGGUUGUUUCUCUUGUAUUAAUCACAUGGUUUCUGUAAUGAUGGCGUUAUUAUCAGUUAGAGUCAUGUGAUACAUGGUUACAUGCGUAACAGACAUGCUAAGCAAAUAAUUAUUUUCAGUAUGGGCUGAAAACAUUUGUGUUGCAGCUACUAGAGGCAAAAUAAGAGAGCCUCUAUUCAGCCUGUCAGUGGGUGUAUGGGAAUGCCACCUUUCUACAGGGCUGCGCUCCCAGGUUUAGAUGUUUAAGCAGCCCUCAGUAUUCUCCCAAUUACCAUGUAUUAGAGACAGUUGCUGCCACAGGGACCACGAUGUUUCCUUGAGGACCGUUUGUUGAUUUUAUGUGGGUUGCCUGCUUGAAGAAAGAUUAAAACUUCUAGGAUUCAUGGUAAUCAGC